AUGAAUAAUUCAAUUCCUGCAAGAUCUCGAAAGAAAAUCUGGUUCGUAUUUUUGGUCUUAUUUGUUUCCUGGUAUCUAUUGCUUUAUGUUAUUGAUUGGUCUUCUCUCGCUCGAUUUGCAUCAAUAUCCCACCACCAACCAACUUCUGUAGUAUAUUUAGGUUCAGAUUCUAUUCAAAAUGUUAGCACAAUGUCCCAUGUCAAUGAUACGUCGAAAAAUGCUGCAGUUUAUGCAGAGGAAGAUGAAAAUAACGAUGCAGUCGAGGAUCUUGCCGGACUUCAAAAAGAAUUGGAACCAAUAGUGCAACAAGUCGACAAGUAUGCUGAUAAAGAUCAAGAAAAAUGGGCUGAAAGUGGAAGGAAAUUGAAUCCAUGUACAGGUCGAUAUAUUUAUAUUCAAGAUCUGCCAAGUAGAUUCAAUGAUGAUUUGCUUAAGCAAUGCAAAUUAUUGAACAAAUGGACUGAUAUGUGCCAAUAUGUCGCGAACAUGGGGCUUGGCCAGGCCCUUGGAAACCCUCAAAAGAUUUUCUUAAGCACUGGCUGGUUUGUGACCGAUCAAUUUUCACUAGAAGUUAUAUUCCAUAACAGAAUGAAACAGUAUAAAUGCCUAACAAAUGACUCAACUCAAGCUGCAGCCAUCUACGUCCCAUACUACGCAGGGCUUGACAUUGCACGCCACUUGUGGGAUUCUUUCAACACUUCUGUAAAAGAUUCAGAUGCUGUUCAUUUGGUAAAAUGGCUAAGGGAAAAACCAGAGUGGAAUGCUAUGGGGGGGAUGGAUCAUUUCCUGGUUGCAGGUCGAAUUACGUGGGAUUUCAGAAGAGUAGUUGAUGAGGACAAUGCUUGGGGAAACAAGUUUAUGUUGUUGUCAGAAUCUCAGAACAUGACAAUGUUAACAAUCGAGUCGAGCCCUUGGAACAAGAAUGAUUUCGGGAUACCAUAUCCAACUUAUUUCCAUCCAUCAAGUGAUGAUCAAGUUUUUCAAUGGCAAAACAAAAUGAGACGAAUGAAAAGGCUUACCUUGUUUUCGUUUGCUGGUGCACCACGUCCAAAAAUGGAGGAUUCAAUCCGGAGUGAGAUCAUGGAGCAAUGCACGUCCUCAAGGGGAAAAUGCAAAUUGCUGGAAUGCAAGAACAGGAACGGCAGCAACAAAUGCAUUAAACCAGUUUAUGUAAUGAAAAUGUUUCAAAACUCAGUUUUCUGCUUACAGCCUCCAGGGGAUUCAUUCACAAGGCGAUCAACAUUCGAUUCAAUCUUGGCCGGUUGCAUUCCAGUUUUCUUCACUCCAGCUUCUGCCUAUGUCCAAUAUCUAUGGCACCUGCCAAAAGAUUACACUACGUACUCGGUUCUCAUACCAGAAGACGACGUGAAAAAUAACAACAUAAGAAUUGAGCAAGUUCUAUCACGAAUUCCACGAAAAAAGGUAUCAGAAAUGAGGGAGGAGGUAAUAAAGCUGAUUCCUAAGGUGAUUUAUGCAGAUCCAAGGGCUAGAUUGAAGACGGUUGAAGAUGCAUUUGACUUGACAAUAAAAGGAGUUCUUGAAAGAGUGGAGAAAUUGAGACAGAUUAGAGAGGGCAGGAAUUCUAGUAAUGAUUUUGAUCAAGAAAAUAGUUGGAAGUAUUAUACAUUUGGAACAACACAAGAGCACGAGUGGGAUCAUUUCUUCUUGAGAACCAAUAGGGCCGGGGUCUAG